AUGUCGAUGAAAUAUGUUGCACUAUCAAUUGUGGUCGGGGAGAUUCAAAUUUCUAUUGAAGAUGAGGAUGUUGAAACAAAGCUGAAAUUUUGGGAAAAUUCCUUGAUCAUGUAUGUGCUGGGAGGGGAUCUCAGUAUGAAUAUAGUGAAGAAUUUUAUGGAAAGAAUGUGGAAUUUCAUCAAACUUCCUGAUAUACACUACCACGAGGAAGGAUACUUCAUCCUCAAAUUUCAUUCGCAUACAGAUAUGGAUACAGUGAUGCUGAAAGGACCCUACACAAUUCGAAAUAUGCCAAUGUUAUUAAGAGAAUGA